UUCGGUCUCCGCCUUCUCCCAGUUGCAGCGGAUGGGGAUCAGACAUCCUCCGCCGGCUCCGUUCAUCGGGAACGUCCUGCUCUUCCAGAAGGGAUUCUGGGAAGGAACAAACAAUAUCCUGAAGAGGUUCGGGCCGAUCACGGGGUAUUACCUGGGGCGACGCCCGAUUGUUCUCCUCGCCGACCCCGAGGCCGUGAAGCAGAUUCUUCAGAAAGACUUCAGCAACUUCACCAACAGGAUGAAGCUGAACCUGGUGACUAAACCGAUGAGUGACAGCCUCCUGUGCCUGCGCGAUGAGCAGUGGAAGCGCGUGCGCAGCGUCCUCACCCCGUCCUUCAGCGCAGCGCGGAUGAGAGAGAUGUGCCCCCUCAUAAACCAGGGAUGCGAUGUGCUGCUCAACAACCUGCAGGAGAUCGCAGACUCCGGGGAACCCUGUAACGUCCAGAGAUCGUACGCCUCUUACACCAUGGACAUCGUGGCCAGCGUGGCGUUCGGCACCAAAGUGGAUUCCCAGAAUGAUCCGGAUCACCCGCUGGUGCAGAACUGCAAGAAGUUCCUGGAACUGUUCACUCCCUUCAAGCCUGCGGUGCUGCUGACAUUGUCUUUCCCGUCCAUCAUGAUUCCUCUCGUUCGCCGUCUUCCCAAUAAGAAUCGCGACCGGAUAAACAGCUUCUUCUGCGCGGCCAUCAGGGAAAUGAUCGCUCUCCGUGACGGGCAGCCGGCCAAUGAGCGCCGGCGCGAUGUUCUGCAGCUGAUGCUGGAUGCCAGGAUGUCUGACGCCAACGUCUCCGUAGAUCACUUUGACAUUGUGAACCAGGCGGAUCUGACUGCGCCCGCGGGGGCGGAGCCUAAGAAGACCACCAAGACUCUGUCCGAGGAGGAGAUGGUGGGCCAGGCCGUCAUCUUCCUCAUUGCCGGCUACGAGACCACCUGCAGCCUCCUGACCUUCACCACCUACCUACUGGCCACCCACCCCGCGUGCCAGGAGGCGCUGCUGCGCGAAGUGGAUGAGUUCGCCGAAAACCACGACGGUGCGGACUAUAACACUGUGCACAAUCUGCCCUACAUGGACAUGGUGAUCUCCGAGUCCCUGCGCAUGUACCCGCCCGCGUUCAGAUUCGCCCGUGAAGCCGCCCGUGACUGCACCGUGAUGGGGCGUAAGAUACCGGCCGGGACUGUUCUGGAGAUUCCCAUUGGGUGUAUGCAGAAUGACCCCCAUUACUGGGCGGAGCCUGAGGCCUUCAGACCUGAGAGGUUCACGGCGGAGGAGAAGCAGAAGCGUCACCCCUUCUUGUACCUGCCCUUUGGGGCCGGGCCCCGCAGCUGCAUCGGGAUGAGGCUCGCCAUCUUGGAGGCCAAAAUCACCUUGUACCGGAUCCUGCGCAAAUUCAGAUUCGAGACUUGUCCCCGCACUCAG